AAGAUGAAAAAUAGUUUGUCGGGCUAUUUUGCAUAAUAAUUUGCAUAUGCACGGCGCAUAUUUCUAUAUUUGUUGUUAUCAAAGUAAAUUACAAGCAUAUAUUACAAAUGUGUGUAAAAACUGAACAGAAAAUUAUUCGGCUUAUCUUUUAAUGUAUUGACAACUUGCCAUGUCGUGUGCAAACAGUGCAAUAUCCUUAACAAAAUACUGAAAUUGUUUUAUUUCAGUCUAGUGUCGAUUCGUAGAGGGUUUGUGGUAAAAUGCUCUUAAAUUUUCACUUCAACUAUAAUAAGCAACAUUUACGACAAUGUUUAUUGGCUCUUGCUGUAGCUAUCGAUUGUAUGAUCGGAGGAGCAGAGCUCAGUUUCUCAGCAACUUUACUGCCACAACUUGAAGAAACAAAUUCUACGAUCAAAUUUACGGAAAAUGAAGAAACCUACUUUGCGUCGGCACUUGCUUUAUUUUGCCUCCCCGGAACAAUCAUAGGUUGUUUCGUGCUGGAUUGGUUUGGACGGAAGUGGACUUAUGCUUUUGUAGCAUUUUUGAACGUCAUGACAUGGACUAUAAUUACAUUUGCCACACAAGCCUGGCAUUUAUUUCUUGCCAGGAUUCUUCAAGGUCUUACAAUAGGAAUUAGUUUUCCAGUGUGCAUGUGCUUCGUUAGUGAAGUAUCUUCAGUUAAACAUCGCAGUGCGUUUAUUAAUAUUCUCAACAUUGGCGUUGCAAUUGGUCAGCUAAUGGUAGACGCAUUGGGUAGUUAUUAUCCUUGGCGACUCUCUGCAGUCGUUUUGGUUGGUUUGUCAAUUAUAGACUGUGCUUUAUUCUUGUACUUAAACAACACACACGUAUGGUACUUGGCUCGAAAAGACUUUGAGGGUGCAAAACAAGCUUAUUUCUGGUAUAACACAACGAAUGCAGAAAAUACUACUGAUUACAAUCAACAGGUUGAACAAGUAGACAUACACAACGCAACAACAAGGAAAGAUUAUUGGAAGGCAUGUCGACAGAGGGAGUUUAUAAUUCCCUUGUUACUGAUGUGUUGGUUUUAUAACUUCCGGUUUUCCGGUGGUUACGCCAUUGCGUUAUAUUCUGUUCAAGUAAUGAGAAAUGUAGUCUCAUUUGACGAGUACCUAACGACGAUAUUCAUUGAUAUUAUUCGCAUUCUAGCCGCCAUCUUGACCGCUGUAUGCGUCAAACAUCUCCGAAUACGUGUAAUUAUUAAUUCAUGUGUAGUUCUAUGCGUGGCCUCUCUAAUCACACUUUGUAUUGCGUUAUUUUGGCAAGACCAGUGGUCCCCGUUUCGUUGGAUAGUUUUAGGGCGAUAUUGUUUUAUACGGUUGUUUAUAACAUUGGAAUUAUCAAUAUGUCGAAUGUGUGCAUGGGUGAACUGUUUACCGGAGUCACCAAGCCUUUGGGCACAUGUUUAUCGGUGAUAUUUUUGUUCGGAAUGAAUUUUAUUAUAGCGUUGAUAAUUCCAAUAAUGUUUAGAGAUCUUGGAAAUGUAGGAACGUUUUUGUUCUUUGCUGUGUGCAUUAUUGUUGGUGGAGUAGGAUUGUUUAUUUGGUUACCGGAAACAAGGAAUGUGACUAACGAUCAAAUUAGGAAUCACUUUAAAAAACAAAAAUCUUAAACGCAGUAUGCAAGCAUUUUUAUGAUACUUAUGAUAAAACCAUAAAGCAUGAAUGACUUGUUUUUUGAAUGUAAGUGAAUAAUAUUUUGCAGUCUAGAUGUUACGAAAAUAAAGCUAUAAUUUACUAGUCA